CCUCACCAAGUCCGUCGGCGACUGCAGCAUGCCUCCGAGACAGCCUGCGAAACAAUCAGGAAGUACUGGGCGGAAGAGGAAGUUAGGGAGCGCUGGCACAGAUGUCCCAGAUGCUGAUAAUAACGGAAGUACUACCGCGAAGAAGCCGCGGACGAACAAGGGGUCCAAGGCGAAACAAAGAGAGCCGGUCAACUGGCCGGAAUACUUCGACUCUCUCUUCAAGGCAUUGAACACUGUUCUUGCGUUCUGCGCUUCCAGAAAGAACUUCGCAAUCACUUUCCCGGUCGUCCGCCAGUCCGUCGAAGGGUUGCUGAAACAACCAUUAGAUCUCUCUAAGGUUGCAGAAUUAAAAGCUCUUCUGCCCGACACGGUCAACUUUGCCUACAUUCCUAAGGCGGAACUUCGCAUCCAUGCCGAGUCUCAGGAUACGUCGAAGCGGCGCGAGAACUCACCCGACUACGCUGCAUUUGGCUCUCAGGGUGCCUCCAAUUCGAGUGUGGGUGCUGCAGCUGAUGACGACGAGCAUGUUCUCGUACUCGACCUCCAGGAGAACUCAAGAGGGAAGAAAAGCUCUAACCCAGGGUUUGCGCAUGGGCUUCCUCCUGCGUUGACGCCAGAGGCCACUAAGAAACUCAUCAACAAGAGAAAUGAGCGCUUCAUACAAGCUGUAAACGAGUUGCUUGAGGCAACGUCUAAGCACGAUGACCCUGUUACGCUACUACAGGCUGCUGCACGAGAUCACAUUCCUAUUGACCCGUCCUCGAGAUCUUUCAACAAAUUAUCACAAUCCGACUCGAAAGGAAACCAGCGUAUCGUGCCAGACCCUGCAGAUCGGCCAGCCGUCGAUGCCGUCAUCGAAGAGAUAGAAGAGCAGGAAUGGUACCAGGACCAGAUUGUCGACAAACGAAUCGUCGAAGCCAAGGACGGCCAUAUCGAGGAAAUCGACCCUCCCCUGUCCGAGACCAUUGCGCAAGCUCUGCGAGAUUCAAGGAAGAUCACCUCCUUGUACACGCACCAGGUCGCUGCAAUCAGGGCAUUGUCGCAAGGCAAACACGUCAUAGUCUCCACGAGCACAGCGUCAGGGAAGAGCGUCAUUUAUCAGGUUCCUGUACUGCGUUUCCUCGAGGAAGACCCGGCCUCCACGGCUAUGUUCAUAUACCCGACAAAGGCACUAGCCCAAGAUCAAAGGCUUGCGCUUGAGCAGCUGCUAUAUACGUGCCCAGGUCUGGAACAUAUCAAGGUGUACAACUAUGAUGGUGAUACACCACAAGAGCUCAGAGCGGGAAUACGCGAGUCUGCCUCCGUGAUUUUCACCAACUUCGAUAUGCUACACGCUUCCAUACUCCCUCACGAGGAUCUCUGGCGAAGAUUCCUCAAAAACCUGAAACUCGUCGCUGUUGAUGAGCUUCAUUAUUACUCGAAUAUCUUCGGCAGUCACGUCGCCCAAGUCAUGCGCAGAUUCCGCAGAGUAUGCGCAGCUGUCGGUAAUAGGAGGACUCGUUUCGUGUCUUGCAGUGCAACUAUCGCAAAACCUAAGCAACAUAUGCAGAGCAUCUUUGGCAUCGAGGACGUUGAAGAGGUCACGGAAGAUGGUGCACCAUCCGGUCGUAAAGACUACCUGGUCUGGAAUCCUCCACUCAUAGACCCAAUGGACGAGACGUCUGGUCGCCGCGGUUCACUAACAGAGGCAACCCGCUUGAUGAGAUUCCUCAUGGCGCGUGGCAUCCGUGUCAUACUAUUUUGCAAGAUCCGGAAGUCUUGCGAAUUAGCGAUGAAAGCUUUGCGCUCUGAACUCGCAGCGGAUGGCCGACAAGACAUUCUGGAUCGUGUGAUGGCGUAUCGCGGAGGCUAUUCCCAACAUGACCGGCGCAAGAUCGAAGCAGAGGCCUUUUCCGGCAAUCUACUCGGAAUUGUCGCCACCAAUGCCCUGGAAUUGGGUGUUGACAUCGGUGUCUUGGAUGCUGUCAUCAUGCUUGGCUUUCCAAUGGGCGGCCUAGCCAGCUUCCGUCAGCAAGCAGGUAGAGCCGGGCGACGAGCUCGUGAUGCUCUGGCUGUCUUUGUUGCAGACCAGUUCCCUAUCGACCAGCACUAUGUCAAGAACCCCUCAGAGCUCUUCGAUAAGCCCAUGAACGACCUCGUCAUUGACCUAGACAGCAAGGUCAUGCUGGAGGCGCACCUACAGUGCGCAGCACAUGAGAUGCCCCUGAUGGAUGACGAUGCAGUCUACUUUGGCCCGCACAUGAAGGAGAUUUGCGACACACGCUUGACCCAGGACAAGGACGGAUGGUAUCAUACACACCCGAAGUUCCUACCAUUCCCGGCCAAGCACAUCUCUCUUCGGGGUGGAGAAGAAGAGAAGUACAGCGUCAUCGACAUAACCAGAGUAGGCAAACCCGGAGGUUACCCUCAAAUCCUCGAAGAAGUCGAGGUUUCGAGAGCUCUCUUCGAGCUCUAUGAAGGCGGAGUAUUCAUACAUCAAGGAUUGACCUUCAUCGUGAAAGAGAUCAGCCAUGAUUCGAAGAUCGCUAAGCUCCUGCGUUCAGAUGUCAACUGGAUAACCGAACCAAGGGAUUUCACGAAUACCGACGCAGCUCAGACGUAUCGCAUUCGGGAAAUCAAGGAUUCGCCAUGGCGUGCAUAUUACGGUCGUGUCGAGCUAAAGACCGUCGUCUAUGGUUACUUCAAGAACAGAAACAAGGCUAUCAUCGACGCCGUUGACCUGGACACACCGCCUUAUGAGCGCGAGAGCACGGGGAUGUGGAUGGACGUGCCAAGACCGACUCUGGAACUUAUGAAAAACUCCGGCAUCAAUGCUGCGGAAGCUAUCCACGCAGCAGAGCAUGCUUUCAUGAAUCGAUUUGCGCUAGCAGCAGACCUCAAAACUGAGUGUAAGGUCGCUGAAAAGGAAUACAAGGCAACUACGUCGCAGAGAAAGCGUCCAGCUCGCUUGAUCUUCUACGACCCGACUGGUACAAACGGAGGCGUCGCCGUGAAGGCGUUCGACCACGUAUCGGAUCUCCUGCAACGGGCCCUAGACACCGUGGAAUCCUGUCCCUGCCAGGAAGGCUGCGCAGCUUGCAUCGACAGCCCAACUUGUAAAGAAGGGAACUUGGUAUCGUCGAAGACGGGUGCUUUGGUUGUUCUGAAGGCCAUUCUCGGACGCCCCAUCGACGUGGACCUCAUACCAGAGUAUCCCGAGCCUAUUGCUGCGACCCAGGAUACUAUCAUUCCAGCGGUGACAGUCCGUGCAGCGGAGGACAUCGAGGUAGAGAAAGCUUGAUCCGCAUACUUUCGCGUGCAUGUAUCAUAUUCAAACGUCACGAUGAUAUACUAUGAUGAAGCCUAGGCUAAUGGAUCGAAGUCUCCCCAGUCGUCCUUCGUGAGUUGUUUCUGCGUGCCAUUGCUUGACCAAGACGGUUGCGCAGGUCGUGAUGGUACAAGCGGGGCGCUCAUGCUCGGGGGUGACGCGAAUAGGGGAGGUGUCGACAUUGUCAUGGGCGGUGCGCCCAUCGAGGUCAGAGGCAGGGUCGACAUAGACGUCAGCGGCGGCGUCGCGGUAAGAGAGAUGUUGUAGUUCGGGGCGGACACCUGACUAGGCGUGAACGACAGUGCUGUGGGUUGCAUAGGUGCAGAUCCUGAUAGAGAUGUCCUAUGUUG